AUGAGUGACGACCUAGAGGUUCAGAGGAGGGCAUUCGAGGCUCAAUUUGGCUCACUAGAGUCCAUGGGAUUUGAAGACAAGACCAAACGAGCAGAGGAAAGUGAAACAAGUGACGAAAGUUCAAAUGAUGAUGGCCGCGAAGAGAGUGACGAGAGAGAAGACAAUAGUGAGGAUGAGAGUCAAGAUGAAGAAGAAAAAGAAGAAGACGAUGAGGACGAAGUAAGUGAAGAAGAAUCGCAACCCAGAGUAAUCAAGUUUCAAGGUCCCAGUGAUGACUAUACACCUAUUUCGAAGAAAGAACAGCGACUACUGCGUAGCGGCAAACCUCUCCGCCAGGAAAAGAGCAGCGAACCAGUAGAGGAGUCCUCUGAAGACGACGAAAAUCUAAAGAACGAUAUCGAACUACAACGAUUUCUCAAAGAGUCUCAUCUAUUGAGUGCCCUAGGCAAUGGAACCGCAAACGUCAACGAUGACUCAGUCAUUGGGAAAGCGAGAGCCCGUACUCUCGAAAUGCGACUACGCGGGCUCUCUGAGACGAAUGGGAGAAGCACAACACUAGAAAAGAUGCCUGUCAACGUACGUAAGGGAAUGAUAAAGAAGCACCGUAAACGCAUCGAGAAACACGAAACAGAAGCAAAGGAAGGCGGUAUUGUGCUGCACAAUGUCAAGAAGGGUCAAUUCCGCCAAAUCGAUCAUACACACCGUAAUGAUAUCGAAAGACGGAUCGGUUCGAGUAUCAAGAAACAACAAGAACAACGUAACAAAAGACGCCAACGUGGUCUACGUAUCCAGAGUGUAGGAAAAUCUACGAGAAAUGGGCUGCGAAUCUCACAACAAGAUAUUGACAGGAUCAACAAUCGAAAGUAG